AAAUUAAACUAAAUUAAAUUGAACUAAAUUGAACUAAACUGAACUAAAAUAAAAUCAAAUAAAAUAAAAGAUAAAAAGGAUGAAACCAAAAAGCAGACAUAGUUUCCUAAAAUAUCCAAAUUCGUUGGCGAGGUGUUUAGCUUUGGGGUCACAGUGCGAGAGAGAGAGAGAGAGAGAGAGAGAGAGAGAGAGAGAGAGAGAGAGAGUUUAGACUGGAUUGCAAAGACUAAAUUUAAACUUUGGGUUCGAACACUUCGUGGAAUUCGAAAUUCGGGCGGUACGAGGCGGGUACGAAUAGGUACGCCAUCUUCUUGUUGAAUAAGGGAAGCAACCCCCGAUUGAUUUUUCGCGCGUACGUACCGCUGCCGGCGCGGCGUUUACCAAAUAAGGAAGAGGACUCGAACCGCGCCACUACAAAGGGCCGGCGUCGCGACGCUCAACAUGGCCGCUUGCACCGACUGACAGUUGUUGCUCCUUCUUCUGCACGGCGCGUACGUUCCUCAUUCGUGCUUUAUUUAUUCAAUUAGAACGAGCCAGAACGAGAAAAUAUAUCAUGCGUCGUCGUUCGCGAUUACGUCGCGAUUCCGCAACGAUGCCCUUUCUGUUGUAAGUCGAUCCUGACCAGAAGGAACUGGAGAUUCAGGAUGGGAAAGCUUUUGAGUCUUCUGGCUCGGGACGAGUCUACCUGUUGCACGCCUCAAAAGUACGACGUCUUUUUGGAUUUCGAGAACGCACAGCCCUCGGAUAUCGAACGUGAGACAUUCGAUGCCGUUCAAAGAGUCCUGAAAAAUUCUGAAUCUAUUUUGGAGGAGAUUCAAUGUUACAAAGGUGCAGGGAAAGAAAUAAGAGAAGCAAUAUCGGCCCCUACGGAGGAGUGCCAACGAAAGGCUUACUUGACCGUAGCACCGCUCGUAGCGAAGCUCAAAAGAUUCUACGAAUUUUCUUUGGAAUUAGAAAGCGUAGUACCGAAAAUACUUGGACAAUUAUGUUCGGGAAAUUUAACGCCAACGCAACACCUGGAAACCCAACAGGCUCUUGUUAAACAACUCGCUGAGAUUCUCGAAUUCGUUUUGAAGUUCGACGAGCACAAAAUGAAAACGCCAGCUAUCCAAAAUGAUUUCAGUUACUAUCGUAGGACAUUGACGAGGGCGUCGUUGACACGACAGGAUAAUGCGGAGAAGGAUUUAAUUGUUGGGAAUGAGUUGGCCAAUCGAAUGUCCUUGUUCUAUGCCCACGCAACCCCAAUGCUACGUGUUCUCAGUCACGCGACCAUUACUUUCUUGAUGGACAACGAAGAUAUACCGAGGGAGAAUAUCACUGAAACUCUUGGGACGAUGGCUAAGGUCUGUUUGAGAAUGUUGGAAAAUCCCAAUCUAUUGGCCCAAUUUCAACGUGAAGAGACACAAUUAUUUGUAUUGAGAGUUAUGGUAGGCCUUGUGAUACUAUACGAUCAUGUUCAUCCUCAAGGUGCAUUCGUCAAAGGUUCGAACGUUGACGUUAAGGGCUGCGUGAAAUUGUUGAAGGAUCAGCCGCCAUAUAAGAGCGAGGGCCUUUUAAAUGCGUUACGUUAUACGACGAAACAUUUGAACGAGGAGAACACACCGAAAAAUAUAAAGAAUCUAUUAGCAGCAUGAUUGCCGAAACAACGCGGUUGCUGCAUCAGAAGUUGAUUGUAAGUGACCGCGAAUAUUCUGGUACGAAAGUCUCUAAAUACGGAGAGGUCUCUAAAUCAUUUUUUAUCGGCGUCUUACGACGGACACAACGAGUUAGCUGUGAGAAUGAAUGAACGAAUGAAUGAAUGAACGAACGAACGAAAAAAGGAACGAACUAAGUAGAAAGGAAAAGUAGAAAGGAACGAACGAAAGAAAUAGAGGAACGAAGGAACGAAGAAAAAAAGGGGAAAGAAAGUAAGGAAGGGAUUGAGGAAGAUAGAAGAGAAAAGAAAAGUGAAGACGGGGGAAAAAAAAAAGGAACGUAUGUCCGUGUGUACGCCAUUGAUUAUCCCUUGUGACCUCUGGAUCCUAAAAAAAAAAAAAAAAAAAAAAAAAAAAAAAAAAACACCACCCCUCUAUUGUGGAUGCUGACUAUGGCUAACUGGACCACGAAGUCUUUCGAAAAUGCGUUAAAAAGGAAAACAAAACAAAACGAAAAAGGAAAAAAAACAACAAAAUAAAAGAAAACGAAAAAAAAAGAAAUAAAUAAAUAAAUAAAUAAAUUAAUGAAUUAAUUAAUAAAUAAAUAAAUAAAUAAAUAAAGCUGCCUCUCUUGAGUCAACUGCCAGAUUUUAAUCAUGGCGAUUGGCACGUUGCUAGAAAAGGAAAGAAAAUACACAUAUAUAUUGUAGACGAAUGGUAAAUUGGACAUUUUUCAGAAAAACGUAUUCGCGUGAUCGUUUGCAAGCGCAAUCGUUUUUCUUUUUGUCCUUGUUUUUCUUUUGUUUCUCUUUCUUUCUUUCUUUUUUCUUUUUCUUUUUAAAGCGUACAUUCGAAUCCGUUCUCCAGUUUCGUUUUCGUCCGAUGAAAUUUUUUUUCUUGCUUUCUUCUUCUUUUUUUCUGCUUUUUUUUCUGCUUUUUUCUUUCUUCUUUCUUUUUUUUUUUUUUUUUUUCGCGAGAAACAAACAUCGGGCACGAUCGAUUUUAUCCCACACCAACGAAAAGCUCGUGGACGAAUUAUAAUAUGGGUUAAGGGGGCGGGGGAAGGGAAGAAAUUUUUCGAUUCGAAUGUAUAAUAGAACAAUUCGAUUAUUGAUCGUUGUUGAUUCAUUUUACAAUGAUUACUAUGAUCGUCUGUUUAUAUAAGCUUUAGAUAUUCAUCUUCCAUUUAUUAAUAUUAUUAUUAUUAUUAUUAUUAUUAUUAUUAUUAUUAUUAAGAUUAAUAUUAUGAUUAUAUGAUAAUUAUUAUUAUCGAUUAUUAUUAUUAUUAUUAUUAUAAUUAUUAUUAUUAUUAUUACUUUUUUUUUCUACUUCAUUUCUCUAUUAUUACGUCGUUUAUAAUAGAUACUAUUUGUCGUGGGGAAAGAAUUUAGAAAAAAUUCCGAUUAAAGGUCGCUCAUUGAUAUUAUUGCGCCCUUAAAAAAAAAAAAAAAAAAAGAAAAAAAAAAGAAAAAAAAAAAAAUCGGCGCGACCCGUUAAUUAGACCAUAUCAUAGUGUAUUUUAGGAAUAAUUCCAAUUACGAAACUUUUGCGAGAUUUAUUAAGAGAGAGGUUUAAUCACGUUGUGGAUAUUGUGCAGAUCUUUAGCUCUUGUUUUCUUUGUUAUUCGACGGAUAAAAGUUUGAAAGGUGGAGAGAGAAUGAGAGACAGACAGACAGACAGACAGAGAGAGAGAGAGAGAGAGAAAUAGACAAAGGAUGGAAAACAUAUAGAAUCUCGAUAAGGAAAGAUUCAGUCAAAACAUAAAAAAAAAAGAAAAAAAAAAAGAAAAAAAAAAAGAAAAAAUAAAUAAAUAAAUUGUUAAAGUCGUCGAAACGAAAUACUGCCAGCGAAAGUUCAGCGAAAAUAAAUUUCGAAAAAAGAUUACCAUUGUCAAAUUGAUUUCAUUUUUAUGGUAAAGAAAAUUAUUUUUCCUUUUUUUUUCUCUUUUUUUUUUUUUUUCUGACAAAAAGUGAAA